AUGGCGGCCCUGGAGGACCUCGCGGCUCCCGAGGCGGCCUCCUGCGCCAUCUGCCAGCGCACAUUCCGCGACCCGGUGCGCGCCGACUGCGGCCAUCAGUUUUGCCGGGCGUGCGUAGUGCAGUUCUGGGCCGAGGAAGACGGACCCUUCCCUUGUCCCGAGUGCUCGGACGACUGCUGGCAGCGCGCCGUGGAGCCGGGCCGCCCGACGCUCAGCCGCCGCCUGCUGGCGCUCGAGAUGGCCGCGGCGGGGUCCGCGCGUGACGCCCCGGCCAGCGAGGCCGCGCUGCAGCUCCUGUGCCGCGCCGAUGGGGGUCCGCUGUGCGGGUCCUGCCGCAUGGCCGGUGCGCCCGAGCCGCCAGAGUGGGAGCCCCGCUGGAGGAAGGCCCUGCGAGGAAAGGAAAAUAAGGGAUCUGUGGAAAUCAUGAGAAAGGAUCUGAAUGAUGCCCGAGAUCUGCAUGGUCAAGCGGAGUCAGCGGCUGCUGUGUGGAAGGGCCACGUGAUGGAUCGGAGGAAGAAGGCACUAACUGAUUAUAAGAAGCUGCGUGCCUUUUUUGCUGAAGAGGAAGAACAUUUCCUACAGGAGGCAGAGAAAGUCGAGGAGGCCCCGGAGGAUGAGGGUACUGACCCAGCAGAGAGAUUCAAGUCCCUCCUGCAGGCCGUCUCGGAAUUGGAGAAGAAGCACCGCAAUCUUGGUCUCAGUAUGCUGCUCCAGGGAUUUUAG